UGCAAUGGUUGUUCAGAGGAUCGAAUCUGUGUGAUUAUACGCUGUUAUUGCCCAUUGGAUAUGACGUAGAUUCGGAAAUCAAAUGCAAAGUAAGCGCGAGAUUCAGAGUUGAUAAGUGAUAGAUCGCUCUGUUAAGUGUCCACUUCUUUGUCCAAAACUCGGGGUUAGGGUUGGGCACGCAUAAUUAGGUUGUUACCGUUGGAGCUUCGAAUAGCCAAGUACCUAGGUAGUUGUAACUUACGAAGCUCUUCUUUGCUUCAUUGCUCUUAUACACAAAAGCUCCACUUGCAUUUGGACCGAGCAUGGCAGAUAUUGCCUGACAAUUGAGAGUCCAGGACGGGAUAGUGCUGCUAGAGCGCGUUUGACACGCACCUACUUUAUUCUUCGUAUCUCCUCCGUCCUGGCAGGCGCGUCUCAGGAGGAAAUCCUCCGCCAUGGCUCUUGUGAUUCAAUUCUUGACAAAUAUCAGGCAGUUCGUCAUUGCUCAGGAUGAAGGAAGUCUCCGCAACUGGCUGAAAGUCGAACCUCCAGUCCCAGAUAUUUAUCAUCAGCUGACCGCAGAACUGCGGUCAGCGUUUCCUAAGGACGGCGGCGAUGCACUGGAGAAGACGGUUGACAAGUGCCUCCCCGAAGAGGAUGAAGUCGCCGAGGACAAGGGCUCUCCGUGGCCAGGACUCAACUCGUUCGUCAAAGAGUAUCUCGAGUACUGGCGAGAUGUCGACUUCAAUGACCCGGCCAGACUGUACACCCAACUGAGCGACCUGCUCAACUCGUGCGCCAACGCGCUGGCCAAUCCAACUUAUGGGGUUAUGCUUCUGAAGACCAGCAUGUCGCUGUCCGAGUCGCUGUCCAAACUGGUUAUGAACCUCACCCGACAGCCUCAUCUCAUGGCGCAGGUCAAGAAGGUCACGACCGGCGAGGGCGAGAGGAAGUCUAUCGUGGAGAGCGCUGCGGAUAUCAUUCAGAAGAUCUUCACGUCCUGCCUCUCGGACAGGUCCAGCACCAGAUGGACCCAGCCGAGGGGCAAGAAGGUUGGCGUUUACAUCUUCGCCAACCUUGUGCUCAAGCUGCUGUUUACGUGUAAGAAGUCUCGUCUUGCAGUCCAGAUGUUCACAAACAUCUCCAAUGUGGGUCCUGCCCUGUCUCUGUAUCCGGCAUCGCAGCGGGUCACCUACCUCUACUAUCUCGGACGCUUCUAUUUCGACUGCAACCACUUCACACGAGCGCACUCCUGCCUCGAGGAAGCCUACCGUCAAUGCCCGGUCCGCUUCCAGAAACACCGCCGACUGAUCGUGACGUACUGGAUCCCUACCAAUCUGCUCCUCGCCCGCUUCCCCUCCCAGGCCCUCCUCCAACGUCCCGAGGCUGCGCACCUGGGCCAGAUCUUUCUGCCCAUCUGCUCGGCGAUUCGCACUGGCAACUUUAUCGACUUCUAUGGCGCCAUGGCGACGCACCAACCCUGGCUCUGGGACAAGGGCCUCUACCUCACCCUGCUCUACCGCCUCCGGCCCCUCCUCUGGCGCUCCUUCACCCGCCGGACCUUCAUGCUGACCUACACCGCGCCCACUGCCGGCGACGGCAUCGGCAGCGCCGCGCGCGCCGCCCCGAUCCUCGACCUCGCCGAUGUCGCCACUACGGCGUCGUACGUCCAGAAGCGCCUCGAGGGCUACUACCUCGCCGCCAACCCAGCGUCGCAGCAGCCGCCGCCAGCGCCGCGCGGCCGACCCCCCCACAUCAACGCCCUCUUCAUGCGCGCCGUGACCAACAACAACGCCGCCGCCGCGGCGCAACAGCAGCUCGUGGCUCCCCCCGGCGGGCCCCGGCGCCUCCGGCCCUCGGAGGGCCUCGUGUGCGGCAACAUGGCGGUCGACGGCGCCGCAGUCGAGGGCCUCGUGGCUCCGCUCGUCGCGGCGGGCCUGCUCAACGGCUUCGUCGCCCACUCGCAGCGCAAGUUCGCCAUCGCGGGCACCAAGCAGUCGGGCGGCGACCCCGUCGCCGCCGGGUGGCCCAACCCGCACCAGACCGUCGUCCAGCGGCUCGCCGAGGCGGACGCCGACGACGGGGAGCCGGCGCCCGACGUGUGGGAGGUGCCGGCUUGGGUCAAGGGGCCGUGAGGUGGGAUGGCAAGAGAAGGGAAGGGAAAGGGGGGGGAUGGAGUGCGGGUGGGGAAUGAGAGAUGCUUCUCUCCUGUCCUUUAGGGGACAUAAUGAUGAUGAGGAGCUGUUUUUGCCAUGGAAAAGUCUACGGACUGUUGCGAGUACAUUCACUCAAUAGUGCCAAUGAUACCAAGUUUCUACACGGUCACACAGAAGGAAGCCCUGGACCGCAGAGAGCGAAGGAGGAAUGUCGAUCCCGCGAGUUAUCGCGCCACAUAUCAACGUACAAAUGCCCAUGGCAAUGACUGAACGCUUUCACGUGUGACAAGACACCCGAGCUGAAACAAGAUACGAGUUUGGCAACCC